AUGGAACUAGACAAGCAAGAUGUUCAGUUAAUAUCGUCAAUGGAUGGAGAAAACAGCACUAGUGAUAACCCAAUGAACAACGCCCUACCGAUAGACAUUGGAAUAAUAGUGUUUCAAUGGGUUCUGUUUACCGUAUUAUGCCAAAUAGUUGCGCUGUUUGGGAUUGGUAGCAAUAUCGUCAACAUUAUUUGCUUCGCAAAGCAAGGAUUCAAGGAUCCCAUCAACAUCAGUUUACUGG